UGCUCCCAGAGCCUCAGCACCAGCACCAAGAUGGUGGCCCUGGGCCCGCCGGCCCGCACGCUGCGGGCCCUCCUGCGGGAACUGCGGUACUUGAGCGCGGCCACAGAACGGCCCUACAGGGACACAGCAGCCUAUCGGUACCUCGUGGAGGCCUUCCGGGCGCACCGGGUCACCAGUGAGAAGCUCUGUAGAGCUCAACAUGAGCUACACUUCCAAGCUGCUACCUAUCUUUGUCUUCUUCGAAGUACUCGGAACCAUGUGGCCCUUCACCAGGAAUUUCAUGGGAAGGGUGAACGUUCUGUGCAAGAGGCUGCUGGUGUGGUGGGUCUCAAGUUGCCCCAACAGCCUGGAGGGAAGGGCUGGGAGUCUUGAGAACAAAAAGGUUCACUGGAUGCUGCCUUCAUACAAGAACUUCACAAUUAUCUCUGUUUUCUAACUUGUAUUGAUGAUUAAAUUUGAAAUGUGUUCACAAAAA